AUGGACCGCAAAGCAGCAUUUCUCACCAGCGAGCUGCCACGAAGAAUUCUGCUUUACUGUCCGGAAUUGGAUGGCGAAGGAUCGUUUUCGGAUGUAAAUCUAACAACGCCGGACCAUUUGGAUGGUUUUAUGUCGACAAUCCAUAAGUUAUCGUUCAACUACGAGAGCAAGGACAAAAGUGACACGAGAACGCUGAAUCUAAUGGUGAAAGUAAUGAAGGGAAGUGAUGAGUUCCGUGAAUCAUCCAUGGGAAAGACACAGUUCACGAAUGAAAUCUACAUCUACACGAAGGUGCUGCCCGUGUUCCAAGAGCUGUUGGAAACGACCGAAAGCGGUUUGGCCGGAGACUGGUGUCCGAAAGUGUACUAUGGAGAAGCGGGUCACUUCCCAACCUACAGCGAUCAGUAUGAAACUAUACUUGUGCUGGAAGACAUUUCCCCGUUCGGCUACAAGGCGGGACCCCGGUUGGAUCUGGAGGAAGAACAUCUGCGCAUGAUGGCACGGCAUAUCGCAUCGUUUCAUGCGUGUACGUACGCGAUGCGUAUCCGAAAGGACGAGCGAUUAGCAGCACUGAUUGACGGAAUUGUUCCGUUAGACUUUGUGUCCGGUGAUAAAACCUUCACCAGUUACGAUGUAUUGCUAAGACUGGGUGCAAACAGAUUGUACCACUAUCUGGACACACACCCCGAACAGCUAGAUAGUGUUGGAUUCAAGCAAGACAUCGAAAACAUGCGCCGUCGCUACGAGGCCACUCCGAUACGGUUGAUGCAGGAUUUACUACGCAAAGAUGACGUAUUCUCGGUCAUUCUGCACGGUGACUACAACCGUAAUAAUGUGCUAUUCCGGACGGACGCCAACGGUAAACCGAUCGGAUUGAAAAUGUUCGAUUUUCAGGAGAAUCGUUUCGCAACGCCUGUGAUCGACUUGACGUUCUUUAUGUACAUGAGCAUGACGGAGGAUCUGCGUGACAGAUGUUGGGAUGAGGUGGUGCUAGAAUAUCAUACCACACUUCUCGAUAGUCUCGCGGUAAUUUUGAAGGUAUCAAAAGACGACACACUGCUAGAUCCGUAUCGUUUAGAACCGUUUUUGGAACAUUUCAAGCAGCAUGCAAUGUAUGGAGUGAUUGUAACACUACACUUUCUGCCAUGGAUGAUGUGUCCGGAGGAGGAAUGCGAACAGUUGUCGUACCAUUUUGCGCGGGAUGUACACUCCACGGAGUUGGCCCACUGGACCAUGGUUUGUGGUGGGGAGAAGGUGGACAAACGGUUGGUCGGUGUGCUGCGCCAUGCUAGCCGUAAAGGAUAUUUUGAUAUAGUGAAACAAUAG